CGAACCGGCGCUCUCAGUCCGGAGGCGAGGCUCCAAGGUCCUACAGGUAUGGAUCUCUGGAAGCUGCUGUUGACCUUGGCGGUGGCUGGCUCCGGCAACGCUUUUUCUGGGAGUGAAGCCAUACCAGCUGACCUCGACAGAGCAUCGCAGAGUCUACCAAGAGUUCAUCCACGCCCAGGGACAAACUCUUCUGAGAGGCCUAAGUUCACCAAGUGCCGUUCACCUGAACUAGAGACUUUCUCAUGCCACUGGACAGAGGGGGUGCAUCGCGGUUUCAGGAGCCCGGGAGUCUUACAGCUGUUCUACAUUCGAAGGAACACUCAAGAAUGGAAAGAAUGCCCUGAUUAUGUCUCUGCGGGAGAAAACAGCUGUUACUUUAAUGCAUCUUAUACCUCCAUCUGGAUACCCUACUGUAUCAACCUCACUAGCAAUGGUAGUACUAUGGAUCAUAAGUGCUUCUCUGUUGAGGAAAUAGUACAACCAGAUCCACCCACUGGCCUCAACUGGACGUUACUGAACAUCAGCUUAACGGGGAUUCAUGCGGACAUCCAGGUGAGGUGGGAGCCGCCGUCCAAUGCAGAUGUUCAGAAAGGAUGGAUAGUCCUGGAGUAUGAGCUGCAGUACAAAGAGAUGAAUGAGACGCAAUGGAAAAUGAUGGACCCUGUCUUGUCAACAUCAGUACCAGUGUACUCGCUGAGACUAGAUAAGGAGUAUGAAGUACGCGUGAGAUCCAGACAACGAAACUCGGAGAAAUACGGCGAGUUCAGUGAGGUGCUCUAUGUAACGCUUCCUCAGAUGAGCCCAUUGGCAUGUGAAGAAGAUUUCCGGUUUCCGUGGUUCUUAAUUGUUAUCUUUGGAAUGUUUGGACUAACAGUGAUAUUUUUAUGCAUGUUUUCUAAACAGCAAAGGAUUAAGAUGCUGAUUCUGCCCCCAGUUCCAGUUCCAAAGAUUAAAGGAAUUGAUCCAGGUCUCUUCAAGGAAGGAAAAUUAGAAGAGGUGAACACAAUCUUAGCCAUUCAUGACAACUAUAAACCUGAGUUCUAUAAUGAUGACUCAUGGGUUGAAUUCAUUGAGCUAGAUAUUGACGACCCUGAUGAAAAGACUGAAGGAUCAGACACAGACAGACUUCUAAGCGAUGACCAUCAGAAAUUACUUAACAUCCUUGGGGCAAAGGAUGACGACUCUGGACGUACCAGCUGUUAUGACCCUGACAUUCUGGAGGCUGACUUCCAGGCCAGUGACAUGGGUGAUGGUACCUCAGAGGUUGCUAAGCCACAAAGGUUAAAAGGGGAAGCAGAUCUCUUGUGCCUUGACAUGAAGAAUCAAAACAACCCACCUUUUAGUGAUGCUCCCCCUGCUACUCAGGAGCCCAGCGUUAUCCUAGCAGAGGAAAACAAACCAAGACCACUUCUUAUCGAUGAAACUGAGCCAGCUCAAGCUGCCCAUGCUCAGUUAAACAAUCCGAGUUCACUGGCAAACAUUGACUUCUACGCCCAGGUAAGCGACAUCACACCAGCAGGGAGUGUGGUCCUUUCCCCGGGCCAAAAGAGUAAAGCAGGGAUACCCCAGUGUGACACGCAUCCAGAAGUGGUCUCAUUCUGCCAAGCAAACUUCAUCAUGGACAAUGCCUACUUCUGCGAGGCCGACGCCAAAAAGUGCAUCGCUGUGGCCCCCCACGUGGAGGUCGAGUCCCGUGGAGAGCCCAGCUUUAACCAGGAAGACAUUUACAUCACCACAGAAAGCCUUACCACUACUGCUGGGGGGUCUGGGACCGCAGAACCGGCCCCGAGCUCGGAGAUGCCCGUCCCAGACUACACCUCCAUUCACAUAGUCCAGUCUCCGCAGGGCCUCGUACUCAAUGCCACUGCCUUGCCCCUGCCCGACAAGGAGUUCCUCUCAGCGUGCGGCUACGUGAGCACAGACCAGCUGAACAACAUCAUGCCGUAGCCCUUCUUUGAUUCCCCGCGAGCUAAGUAUUUAAUGGCAAGGAGCGGGCUGGGUGUGAAUGCUUAAACCAAAACCAUGUUCAAACCUUUCCGGUCAGGUAGAGGGUGGGGAGAGUGUGGAUUCUAAAUGCCUUUUCCUGAAAUGUUGAAACAUAAUAUUAUAAAGAAAAACAAGAAGAACACUUAAUCAGAUAGCUGUUUCUGUUGUGAACUGUAAAUACCUUCAAGAAUCGUCUCAAAGACUAUUCAGCGGCAGUGAUUGUCUUGUUAUUGUGGGUGUUCCUUUUGUGAUGCUGAGCUUUCAACGGCUGUGUUUUUUAAUGUAGAGUAAAUCAUGCUUUUUGAAAAAGCAAAAAAAUCAGGUGGCUUUUGCAGUUCGGGCAAAUCGAAAGAGAAUUAUAGCACAGGCUAAUUUUUUUACAUGAUCGCGAGCGAAAAUUAUAGGUAAGAGAGCAAAAAAAUAGUUUGGAUAUGUAAAUUUUAUUUUGACAUAGACUUGAUAAAGAU